AUGGCGGAUGGGAAAGAAAACGUUCUGGAGGAACCAGGAAGAUCGGAGUUGGGUUGGGACCCACCUGAGGUGAUGAACCCUCCAGAGCCAAACCCAACGGCGCAACGCAAGCGUGAGAGUCAACCGCAAGAAACCUCCGCAGAACCGAGCGACGCCGCCCGUGGACGCCCAUCGCGAAGGAAGGGUGGACGACUGCAAACUUGCCGUGGGAGCCGCCCAACGAAGAAACCCUACGGCUGCAGCAAGAGUGGGGCCACCCACCAGACCCCCUAUAGCUGUCCCGACUGCGGGAAGCUCUUCAGUCGGAGAUCCUUCCUCAUCCCCCACCAACGCAUCCACACCGGCGAAAAGCCCUUCACCUGCCACGAAUGCGGGAAGGGGUUCCGAGUUGGGUCAGCCCUCAACAAGCAUCAACGGAUCCAUACGGGCGAGAAACCCUAUAAGUGCUCCGACUGCGGGAAGCGUUUCCGUCUCACCUCCACCCUCAGCAGCCAUCGGAAGAUUCACACCGGGGAGAAACCUUACGUCUGCCUCGUUUGCGGGAAGACUUUUCGGUUGAGUACGUAUCUCCUGGCCCACAAAGCCACCCAUAGCGCGGACAACCCUUUCCAGUGUCUUGCGUGCGGGAAGAACUUCAGCUUGAAACGGUACCUGGUCAUUCAUCAGCGGAUCCAUACGGGAGAGAAACCGUUCAAGUGCUCGGUGUGCGGGAAGGGCUUCAGCCGGAGAUCGAUCCUUAUCGUUCACCAGCGGGUUCACACCGGGGAGAAACCCUACAAGUGCCCCGAAUGCGGGAAGAGUUUCGUCAUGAGUUCAGAUCUCGGUGCCCAUCGGAGAAUCCACACCGGGGAGAAACCCUACAACUGCCUCGACUGUGACAAAAGCUUUCGCUUGAGCUCCCACCUUACGAGACAUCAGCGAAGCCACACCGGGGAGAGACCCUAUAAAUGUACGGAUUGCGGGCAAAGCUACACGGACAGCUCCGGACUCAUCAAACACAAGAAGAUCCACGUCGGAGAGCGACCCUAUAGAUGCUCCAAGUGCGAGAAGACCUUCGGCCAUAGCGCAACCCUCUUCAAACAUCAACGAGUCCAUACGGGGGAGAGACCUUUUAAGUGUCCCUACUGUGAGAAGUGCUACAACGAUAGCUCAACCCUUCGGAGACACCGGAGAAGUCACACGGAGCAGAAACCCUUUAAAUGUCCCAGUUGUGAGGAAUGUUUCGGUGCCAUCGCAGCUCUCCUGAAGCAUCAGCGGUUCCACACCGAGGGAAGACCUUACAAGUGCUUCGACUGCGGGAAAAAUUUCCAUUCUAAUUUUCUCCUUGUCACCCACCAACGAAUCCACACGGGAGAAAAACCCUACACCUGCCCCAUCUGCAAAAAAACCUUCCGCCAAGCCUCCCACCGUACGAGGCACCAGGAGAUCCACAGGAGGAGCAGGGCUGGCGUUGCUUUGCGCGAUGCGUCCGAGCCCCACGUGCCGAAAGGAAAGACCCGGCGCAGGGUCGGAGCGGAGGUGGGAGGCGACGAUCCAUUAACGAGUCCGGAUGGCGCUUCCCCGACUCAACAGUAG